AUGGCUUCUAACGGCAGUUCCGACAAGAUGAACUACAUCUAUAACUCGCAGCUCGAUGCCUUCACGCUCUACCACAUAUCGCACGAGAAAGACCAUCACAGCGCAGUCGGUCCUGCACUCCCAGCGCUUGGCCAUGCGACAUCAGGUGCUCUAGGAACGGCGAUAUCGAAGCUCAUAACAUACCCUCUCGACGUCGUCAUCACGCGCCUACAGGUCCAGCGACAACUACAUCACGAUGAUAAGCACCCACACUACAACGGACUCUUGGACGCCAUCGAGAAGAUAUACGAGAGGGAAGGCGGCCCAAAGGCUUUCUACAGUGGUGUGUUACAGGAGACACUCAAGGGCGUCGCAGACAGCUUCCUGUUCUUUCUUGCAUACUCCUAUGUGCGACAGAAGAGACUUGAUGCACGCGACAAUGGACGAAGUCUGCCAGCGCUGGAGGAGAUCGGUAUUGGUGUAGUCGCAGGCGCUUUCUCCAAGCUCUUCACUACACCGAUUCAGCAGAUUGUCACCAGGAAGCAGACAGCAGCAAUGAUGACGCAGGACUCAGCAACCGACAUACCACCCCUGUCAAGUACAAGAGAUAUUGCAGCAGAGAUCAGGCGCGAAAAGGGCAUACAAGGCUUCUGGUCAGGAUACUCUGCCAGCUUGAUCCUGACUUUGAAUCCUUCGAUUACGAUGCUGCUGCACAAGGCCCUGCUACGUCUGUUGGUACCAAGGGCCAAGCGCGACAAUCCUGGAGCACGGGUUACCUUUUUCCUGGCAGCCAUUAGCAAAGUUCUGGCCUCGACCGCCACUUAUCCCUUCUCGCUCGCAAAGACGCGUGCGCAAGUGUCUUUACAGAAGCCCACAUCUGGCACUGGGGAGACGUCGGACAAAGAGAAGUCGGGGGAUGCGCUGAAGUCAAAGGCUUUGCAAGCUAGACAACGAACUGUCUUCAGUACCAUCUUGCGCAUUGCACAGACGGAGGGAAUGUGGGCUCUUUACGAGGGGUUGGGAGCUGAAGUGUUGAAAGGCUUUUUCUCUCAUGGUAUCACCAUGUUGAUGAAGGACCGCAUUCAUGCUGUCAUCAUUAGUCUGUACUACAUGGUGCAAAAGGCGUUGGAAAAGUACCCUGGGCCCAAAGAAAUGGUGAAAAAGGCAGCGGACGAUGUGCAGAGUAGCGACGCUUAUGGGAAGAGCAUCGAAGUGGUCGGAAAUGCAACCGAGUCGGUCAAGAAUGUUGUAGCAGAGGGCUCACAGCAGGCGCAGGAUCUGGUAGAGAAGAGCAAAGACGCUGCUGGUGAUGCAUACUCAAAAAGUGCACAGACCGUAGAGACGGCAGCAGAGACGGCGUCGUCGACAGCCCAGGAUAUGUACAACAAGGGUAAACAAAUGUUUACCCAGAGCCAGGAUGCUGCUGGUGAAGCCAUGGAGAAUGCCAAGACUGCAGCGAGCGAUGCGUCACAGCAGGCUAGGGAUGCCGUAGUGGAUGCCAAGGUCAGAGAUAUCAACGGCCCUGAUAGCGGCAUCAAAGAGUAG